AUGGCCCCGCGCAAUAAACUCGCCGUUGGCCGAGGCGAGGAGAAACGAAGUCGGGGCGGGGAUUUAGGGCCGCUGUGUGGCGUCCCGGCCGCCUCCACCAAUCCGCAACGCGGGCGCGUGUCGCGGACUGCUCCUGAUAGGCUGCGCAGUCCCUACCUGACAGCAAUCUCUUCCUCCUUAUCAAUAUCUGAUAGACAGAUGUGGACAGUGCUUCCCUCGGAGGCCCGCGGGGGGAGCCCCACCGUAGGACGGCACCAUCGCCACCGGAAGCCCAGCGCCGCCAUCUCCCUCCGGCCGUGGAGGCGAAAGCACCGCCCGUCGCUGGUCGCUGCCGUCACGGGGCAGCACCCCCCUGGUGCGCCGGCCCAGGCGUUGAGGGCGGGCCUGGCCGGGCCGCAGGGAGCGGGGCCUGACCCGGUAGGGCUUGGCCCGGAAGCCCGCCCCCCGCGGCCGCGUGAGCCUCCCUGGCAGGGGCGUGCUGCGGGGCCCGGUGCUUUCCGCUGCACGCCCCUUGGAGCCGGGGUCCCUGCUCGUCGCGGAGCCGCUAGCUCCCGAGCCGCGCCGCUGGUAGCGGUCGGUGAAAGCCCAGCUGGCCUGACCCUCUUCGUUUCUUUCCCCGGAGCGGCGCCGGAGAUGCUCAUCCACAUGGAUCAGAAGGAGGAACUGCGGUUGUCCCGCUCCUGCGAAGGGAAGAGUGCUCUGAGCGGCACCUCAGCUGAAGAUGAGAUUGUGAGCACGGAUGAAGACAGUGCCCAUCAGGGCAUCCCCAGGACAGGGGAGCCCAAGGGUUUCUGCUCAGGACUCUCCGAGGAGAACAGUUCCCAGGGUGCUACACAGGACCCUGUUCUCCCACGCAGGUCAGAAAGGAUUCAGAGAUCCAAGGGCUUUCAGGGGAGCUCCAACCUCAUCCAGCAUCAGAGAAUCCACACUGGAGAAAAACCCUUCACCUGCAACAAAUGUGGGAAGAGUUUCCAGAACCGGUCACAUCUUAUUCAGCACCACAGGAUCCACACAGGGGAGCGGCCCUACAAGAGCUCUGAGUGCGGGAAGAGGUUCAGUGUGAGCUCAAAGCUGAUCCAGCACCAGGUAACCCACACCGGGGAGAAACCCUACGGGUGUACGGAGUGUGGGAAGAGCUUCGGCCACAGCUCCGCUCUCAUGAAACACCUGCUGAUUCACACUGGGGAGAGGCCCUACACCUGUGCGUACUGCGGGGACAGUUUUCGGCAGAGUGCCCACCUCAUCCAGCAUCAGCGCAUCCACACCGGGGAGCGUCCCUACGUCUGUACUGAGUGUGGGAAGGGCUUCAGAGUGAGCUCAGCGCUUUUCCGGCACCAGCAGACCCACAGGGGUGGGGAGCCCUAGGUGGAGUGAGUGUGGGGAGCAGUGAGGUCUGAUACCCUGUGAGCAAAGCCCGCUAUCUCCCCCUCCCAUUGACCACUGUGCUUGUGGAGGGUGAAAGCAGUUUCUUCCUAGGAGAAUGAGCCCUCAGAGAUGAAGAAGGGGAGAGGCGGUGGAGGGAGCUGAUUGGAGGUUUGGGGCAGGUGUCACGAGAAAGGUGCCCGACUCUUUUCAGUGGUGGGCAGCCCCAGGAUGAGGAGCAGUGGCCAUGAACUGAAACACAAGAGCUUUCACCUGGACAUGAGGAAG